ACGAGAAUCCGGCGGUUUCCUCCGCCGCCGCCGUCACAAAUGGAGGCGCUCCUCCGGUGGGCGGCCGAGCUGGGCGUCUCCGACUCCCCGUCCCCGUCCCCGCCCUCCGCACCCUCCUGCAUCGGCCGCUCCGUCCUCAUCGCCGACUUCCCCGACGCCGGCGGGAGGGGCUUGGCGGCGGCGCGCGACCUCUGGCGCGGCGAGCUGGUGCUGCGUGUGCCCCGCGCCGCUCUGCUCACCAGCGACCGCGUCAUGGACGACGACCCCAGGAUCGCGUCCGCCGUCGCCAGCUGCCUCCCUCGCCUCUCCUCCGUCCAGACUCUGAUCAUAUGUUUACUGGCUGAAGUGGGAAGAGGGAAUAGUUCGAACUGGUACCUAUAUUUGUCUCAAUUGCCUACCUACUACACUAUCUUGGCUACCUUCAAUGAUUUUGAAACUGAAGCUCUCCAAGUUGAUGAGGCUAUUUGGGUUGCUCAAAAGGCUCUUCGUGGAAUAAGAUCAGACUGGCAAGGAGCUACACCACUGAUGAAAGGAUUGGGAUUUAAACCUAAGCUUUUGAUGUUUAAAUCAUGGCUCUGGGCUUUUGCAACGGUAUCUUCAAGAACAUUACAUAUAGCAUGGGAUGAUGCUGGUUGUCUAUGUCCUAUUGGUGAUUUGUUCAAUUAUGCUGCUCCUGAUGAUGAUAAUUCAUCAGAGGCAGAUGAAGAUGCGGAUGAUAUGAUGCAUCAGCAGACAAAUAACAUGUUGGGUCAGACAUAUUUUGAUUCAUCUGAGAGAUUGACAGAUGGGGGAUAUGAAGAUGUUAAUGAAUACUGUUUGUAUGCUCGGAAAAGAUAUAGGAAAGGAGAGCAGGUACUUCUGGCGUAUGGAGCAUACACAAACUUGGAACUUCUUGAGCAUUAUGGUUUUCUUUUGGGCGAGAAUCCUAAUGAGAAAAUCUACAUUCCAUUAGAUUUGGAUUUGUGCACAAUCGGUACUUGGCCAAGAGAUUCCUUAUAUAUUCUGCCAAAUGGGCACCCCUCAUUUGCACUGUUAUGCGCAUUAAGGCUAUGGACAACUCCCACAAAUCGUCGGAAAGCUGUAAGUCAUCAGAUCUACUCUGGAUCACUGCUUUCCAUUGAAAAUGAACUGGAGAUUAUGAAAUGGUUGGUCAAGAAGUGUGAGGAAACUCUGCAGCAAUUACCUACCACUAUUGAAUUUGAUGAAAAUUUGUUCGCCCUUUUAUGCAAGCUACAGAACAGCACUAGCUGCAUGCUAGAAAGGGAUCAAUCAAUCUUUGAGAAAGAAUUUGCUGCAUUCUUCAGAUUUCAUAGCUUUGAGCUGGAUCGUUCUAUGUACAGUAAACUCCCAUUUCGUCUUAUACGAUCCCUGGAAAGAUGGGGAUUAGCUGUCCAGUGGAGAUGCAGCUACAAAAGAACCCUAACGAAGUGUAUUGCGCACUGUAAAAGCUUAGUUCACGAGCUUUCGUUGCAGCAAAAUCAACAAUAGCUCAAAGGUUUAGGCUAAGUAGGUUUCUUUGAAUGCAGAAGUUGUUAACGUACAGCUUUGCUUAACAACAUUGAACUAGAAAGGUAGUAAGGUAUUAAUAUUAUGUGGCCUUCAGGUGGAUCCAGGUUGGGCCUAGAUCUCUUGGGGCCACUGUUUAGAGACAGAAGAAGAGGGGAUGAUGGGAGGUGAAUUUUCUUAAUUUUGGAGAAAAGACUGCUGAUUUGUGGAUUUUUUUUUUUGGAUUCUGUAGUGCUAAAAAAUUUUGCAAAAAUUACUGGAAGUAUAUGUUGUCAUGAACUUCGUUUGGUGUAUUUUUGAGUUUUUUUUGUAUGUAGUUUUUUUUUGAAAAUACAAACAAUGUCUCAGUUUGCAUAUUAUACAUCCAAGGGUAAAAUGGUCUUUACACACGGUCUGUCGGUG